AUGUCUGCUGAGGAGGUCAAGGCCCCCGCCGCCGAGGCUGUUGCUCCCGCCGCCGCCGCCGCUGCUCCUGCUGCCGACGAGCGUGACCCCAACUCGAAGAAGGGCGCCAAGAAGGCGGCCAAGCUCGCUGAGAAGCUCGCCAAGCAGGCUGCCAAGGGUACCGCUACCCCCACUGCCCCCGCUGCCGCUGCCGGCGGCGCCAAGAAGGAGAAGAAGGAGAAGCCCAAGAAGGCCGAGGAGAAGCCCGCCGAGGCUUGGGUCAACCCCACUCCUGCCGGCGAGAAGAAGGACGUCUCCGGCGACUUCCCCUCUGGCUACGAGCCCGCCAAGGUGGAGGCCGCCCACUACGACUGGUGGGAGUCGCAGGGCUUCUUCAAGCCCAAGUUCAACGAGGACGGCACUCCCAUGGAGAAGGGCUGCUUCUCGAUGGCCUUCCCCCCUCCCAACGUUACCGGCAACCUUCACAUUGGCCAUGCCCUCACCGUUGCCAUUCAGGACGGUCUCUGCCGUUGGAAGCGUAUGCAGGGCUACUCGGUCCUCUUUGUCCCCGGUUACGACCACGCUGGUAUCGCCACCCAGGCUGUUGUCGAGUCCCGUCUGUUGAAGAACGAGGGCCACUCGAGGCACUACUACGGCCGCGAAAAGUUCCUUGAGAAGGUCUGGGAGUGGAAGGAGGAGUACCAGAAGAACAUUACCAACCAGAUGCGUCGUCUUGGUGGUUCGUUCGAGUGGGACCGCGUUGCCUUUACCAUGUCCGACCUCCUCACCAAGGCCGUUGCCGAGGGCUUCUGCCAGCUCCACGAGAAGGGCCUCAUUUACCGUGCCAACCGUCUCGUCAACUGGUCGUGCUACCUCAACACCUCGCUCUCCAACCUCGAGGUCGACCAGAAGGCCCUCACUGGCCGUACCCUCAUGAACGUUAAGGGCUACGACGAGAAGGAGCGCUUCGAGUUUGGUGUCAUCACCUCGUUCAAGUACCCCAUCGAGAACUCUGACGAGUUUAUCGUUGUCGCCACUACCCGUCCCGAGACCAUGCUCGGAGACACUGCCAUUGCCGUCCACCCCGACGACCCCCGCUACACCCACCUCCACGGCAAGUUUGUCAUCCACCCCUUCAACGGCCGCCGCAUCCCCAUUGUUUGCGACGGCAUCACCGUCGACAUGGAGUUUGGUACCGGUGCCGUCAAGAUCACCCCUGCCCACGACCCCAAUGACUUUGAGUGUGGUAUGCGCCACAAGCUCGAGUUUAUCAACCUCAUGAACGACGACGGUACCUACAACGACAACGCUGCUCCCUACGCGGGCAUGAAGCGCUUCCACGUCCGUAACGAGGUCCUCAAGGCCCUCAAGGAGAAGGGCCUCUACGUCGAGGCGAACGACAACGAGAUGCAGAUCCCUAUCUGCUCGCGUUCCGGCGACGUUGUCGAACAGAUCAUGAAGCCCCAGUGGUGGGUCAGCUGCAAGCCCAUGGCCGACGAGGUUCUCAAGCGCACCGCCGCUGGCGAGAUUGAGAUCAAGCCCAAGUCGAUUGCCACCGACUGGAUCCGCUGGAUGGAGAACAUGCAGGACUGGUGUAUCUCGCGUCAGCUCUGGUGGGGCCACCGUUGCCCCGCGUACCUCCAGACCUUUGAGGGUGAGGUUGCCAACACCGCCGAGGGCUCCAACUGGAUCGUUGCUCGCUCCGAGGAGGAGGCCAAGGCCGAGGCCGAGAAGCGCGCCAACGGCCGCAAGUACACCCUCUCGCAGGACGAGGAUGUGCUUGACACCUGGUUCUCGUCGGGUCUCUGGCCCUUCUCGACCAUGGGCUGGCCCGAGAAGAGCUCGGACCUCGAGCACUUCUACCCCAACACCAUCUUGGAGACUGGCUGGGACAUUCUCUUCUUCUGGGUUGCCCGCAUGGUCUUCUUUGGCAACCAGCUCACCGGCAAGAUGCCCUUCCCCGAGGUCUACUGCCACCCCAUGGUCCGUGACGCUUGGGGACGCAAGAUGUCCAAGUCGACCGGUAACGUCAUUGACCCUCUGGACGUCAUCACUGGCCAGAACCUCGCCAAGCUCCACGCCGACCUCCGCAAGGGUAACCUUCCCGAGAAGGAGAUCAAGAAGGCCGAAGACGGCCAGAAGAAGCUCUUCCCCAAGGGUAUUCCCGAGUGUGGUACCGACGCUCUCCGCUUCACCCUCUGCAACUACACCUCGGGUGGCCGUGACAUCAACCUCGAGAUUGGCCGUGUCGAGGGCUACCGCAAGUUCUGCAACAAGCUCUGGAACGCCACCAAGUUUGCUCUCUUCCGCAUGGGUCUCAUCGACCUCGAGGGCAAGCGCCUCCCCAACUCGUUCCACCCCAAGGCUUCGGCCCUCCCCACCGGCCAGGAGAGCAUUGCCGAGAAGUGGCUCCUCCACCGCCUCAACAUUGCCUCUGCUUCGGUCAACAAGGCCCUCGAGGAGCGCAACUUUGCCGAGGCCACCGCUGCUGCUUACCGCUUCUUCCUGAACGAGCUCUGUGACGUCUUCAUUGAGGCCACCAAGCCCAUCUUUGAGGCCGAGGGUGACUCGCCCGCCAAGGACUCGGCCCGCGACACUCUCUACACUGCCGUCGACGCCGGUCUCCGUCUCUUCCACCCCUUCAUGCCCUACGUCACCGAGGACCUGUGGCAGCGUAUGCCCCGCCGUGCUGGCGACGAGACCCCCUCGAUCAUGGUCGCCGCGUUCCCCGAGGAGAUUCCCGAGUACAACUUCCCCGAGGCCGAGGCCGACUUCAACCUCACCAACGAGGUCACCUCCAAGGCCCGUACCAUCAUCGGUCUCUACUCGCUGCCCACCAACGGCAAGACCCUCGAGGACAAGAUCACCCUUGUCAUCGAGGCCAAGAACCCCGAGCAGCUCGAGAUGCUCAAGACCCAGGCGCCCAUCAUCGUUGCCCUCACCAAGGGUGCUGGCCAGGCGCAGUUUGUCGCCUCCACCGCCGACGUCCCCCACGGCUGCGGUACCGAGACGGUCACCGCCGACGUCCACGUCCACAUCCCCGUCAAGGGCAAGGUCGACGCCGGCGCCGAGAUCACCAAGCUCGAGGGCAAGGUCACCAUGGCCCAGGCCGGCCUUGACAAGGUCGUCAAGAACACCCAGGCGCCCAACUACGAGACCACCAUCCCCGAGCACGUCCGCGCGGCCAACACUGAGAAGAUGACCAAGUUUGAGGCCGAGAUUGAGACCCUGCGCACUGCCAUGGAGCGCUUCAAGCUCCUUCUCUAG